AUGUCAGCAUGGCCAUUGCCACCUGCCGUCGGCCGCAUGGAAACGACGCUCAGGAGCUCCCAGAUGGGAGACAGUUUCGACAUCGCCAGGUGGUGCCGCCAGGAGCUCGACACGCAUCCAGCCGACAAGGUUCUCUCGGCAUGGGGCCGCGGCGAAUGCGCCAGCGUGGCAGGCUCGAGUCAGGAUGGAGGCUCGCCGCGUGGCGACGGCGGUCUUCUAGCAGCCAUGGAGGUGUGCCAAGCUCAUCAAUACCGGAUGAGUCUUGAGAUGCAUCGCCACCUGGAGCGAGUGCUAGAUGCCAUCAGCCAGGGAAAGAAGCACGGGCUCGCAAAGCCAGAGCUCGGGCAGAGGUUGCGAGGCCAGAGAUCAGGUCAGUGCGCAGCGGUGCGGGCACCCUGUCCACCGCAGGAGCCUCGCAUACGACCUUCUGUUACUUCAAGAAGGUUAUUCCAAGAGGACUCAGAGAUCGCAGAGACGAUUGUCACGAAGGUGCAAGAACCACCAUCUUGGCAAGUGUUGCUGGAACAGCCGAAACGCCCCGCUGGGCCACCCACUGGUCGUCCUCGGCCUUGCUCACUGGAUCGGAAGGCAGCCGUCCAGCAUGCAUCUGGGAUCACCCAAGCUAUGAAUAAGAUGUCUGAGAACGAUGCGGCAGCUGCGCAAAGGGCUCGUGAGCACCAAACUGGACUGUUCUGCGACGUGUGGACCGGCCCACGGAGCUCGCCGUCCUUCCAGGAUGCACCCGCCGAGACCGGGAACUGGCCGAUUACACUCCCUAGAUCUCACGGACUCGGAUCACAUCCAGGCGCCCAGCCAGUCCGACAGCCACAUCUCAGCUCGAGUCAGGGACAAGAGCAAGCGGUGAGCAAACAUCCAGAUGCUGCGCCUCUCACAAACUUGACCAUCUCAAAUGCCGAUCCGCAGCUUCAAGAGUACAUAGCCUGCAGGGAGAAAGACAAGGCAUUCCUUGCCCUGCCAGCCACAAGCACGGAAGGACCGUGGAGUGAUACCUUCCAUGACACCCCGGCCACCUCGGAGCUUGCAUGCAACAUUUCACUCUCAGGUGAAAGCCCUUCACUGGAAACGUCUCUUCCGAAGAAGGCUGAGCCUAUGCAUGUAUCAGCUCCCAGUGGUCCCAACGCUGUCGCACCGAAGCAGAUGGCAGAAUGCCAAGUCUGGAGCUUCAGCGCACAAGACACUCUCACUCCGCAGGCCAAUGUAGUGACUGGGAUGCCAGCGCCGGAGACAUCACCUCCAGUGAACGCACAGCUCUUCGUGUCCGGCACCAGCCCUCGAUGGUUUUCUCCUGACUGGUUUCCUGCAACCUCGAUCCAACAUGUCGCCGACGGUGCCGGAAAGGAGAGCCGUGGCGGUUUCGUCCCUCGCUUGCCUUUGCUCGUGGGGCACAGCGCAGAGGUGUGGGAGCCAACAGCUGUCCGGCAGCGCAACGAUGCGGCAGAGGAGUUCCCGGUCUCUGAUCUCUUGGACAUCUUUGCUGCAGGUCAGGAACAUUUAUCGAACCCGUAUCUCCAGCACGAACUUGGAGAUCCGAUUCACGCGCAAAAGCACAGCUGCAUUCUCAAGGAAUGGGAGCAGACGCCCCCCCCGGCUUACAGAGCAGCACUCAACCCGGUGAUGCUCACGCGACAAGGGGAGGUUUGGAGGGAGAAGCAGAAAGGUGAUAUCAUGGACACACCUGGCUAUCAAGGUCCACUGCCUGGUUCCAUCGUCCACACCGAGGAUGUGCCACUGGCCGGGCGCCAUGCCAUACCCGGCUACUCUGGGCACAUUCCGGGCAAGGGGCCCGAAGGAUCCAACAUGGGCAAGCGCUUUGCUGCAGCCAACGAGCAUGGCUUCCGCAGCUUGCGAGGCGAAACAUCGCGAGCGCAGGCUUCAAACCAUCGAAAGUGUCGAGAUCCUCACGGCAACAUCCCAGGUUACAGCGGUCACAUCCCCGGCAAGCUGGAGGAUAGCUUCGGCGCCACAUGGCACUCCGUCAACCUGCGGCUGGCCUCUGCUGACUCUAAAGUCCCGAUGUCGACCCCUCGUGCGGAGGUCCGACCAGGUGAGUGGGCAAGAUCUGAGCGGCGGCCGCUUGCGCCCGAAGCGGGAUCGGCGUUACGCCCAGGGACAGGCCAGGCAGCUUCGGCUGUUCCCGGUUACUCGGGGCAUGUGCCAGGCAAGCUUUCCGAGAACAUUGUCGGUGCCAGAUGCGCAGCGGCGAAUGCUAUAGCGGCAACCGCCGAGCUUGGCACCAUCACGUGGCAACGCACUGAUGCACCGGGCGUCUCAGCACGUCGCAGGGCGGGUGCCGCGGAAGGAAAAGCCGUGCCUGGCUACACCGGCUACGUGCACGGCAAGCGUCCAGAGCCCGAUGUCAUGGGCAUGCCUUUCAGGACGGCCAACGAGCACGCUGACAAGGUCCGGAUCAAAGCUCGUGUUCAAGCCCAAGACGCGGACCCUACAGAAGCUGCAAAGAUGACGGCUUCCAAGCGAACAGCGGCUCGAAACACAAAGGCUUCCAGCGUCGCGAAUUCUCGGAGAAGCUCGGAAACUCGAGCGACGAAAACUUCCAGGAAUUCGCGGUAA